GCAGCGAUCAACCUCGGACCUACGUAUACAGUAGUCAUUCGAGUCUUCACAUUAACGCGCAAUCAUCGACAUGGCUGCGCCCGUAGCCUCUGGAAGUCAAGCACCCAAUAGGGAGGACGAGCAUAAGCAGAUCCUCAACCCAGAUAUACUCAAAGACUUUCUCCCGUCGCGAGUCUUUCCAGAUGUCGCCUCGGAGAAAGACAGCGGAAUGGUUGCAGGCGGGAAGAAGCAGAUCAUAUCGCUCUGUUUCGAGGAUACAGGACGAACGUGCGUGACCGCCGGAGAAGACGAGAUGAUCACCUACUGGGAUGUACUGGGCGGGAAGAAGGUGAAAGGUUAUCCCUCUGCCAAGUACGGCGUGGAUCACUUGACACCGACACACCAAAAGGGACACUUGUUACAUAGCUCUACGAAAGGGGAUGAAGACGAUGUGAGGUUAUUCGUGGCGGAUCGAGGGUCGUACUUGAAAUAUUAUAAAGGUCAUACAAAAAGAGUGGGAUCGAUUAGCAUGAAUCCCGCGCAGAACACAUUCUUGACCGGAUCGCAUGACGGAACUGUGAUACUCUGGGAUCAAAGAGCGGAUAAAGCGCAAGGAAUGUUGAACCAGAUGGAAGGACCGUGUCUCGUAGACUGGGACCCUACCGGAAUAGUAUUCGCAGUAGCGAUGCCUGACAUCCAUUAUGUCUGUCUCUACAGCAACAAUCAGCUAGAUAAGGCACCGUUCAAGUAUGAAACGAUCAAUGACCCAGAGCUCGACAAGAUCUCUGUGCCACGUCGGAAUCCGUAUAUCACCUCGAUCAAGUUUUCGAACAACGGGAAAUACCUGCUCGUCGGGACUUCGGGCGUCUUCCACUACGUGAUGGAUUCGUACGACCUCUCGGUAUUGGCCAGGUUGGAAGGACACGAAGGGCUCGAAAAGGAUAAGCGCGGAAACAUGAGCAUAAAGUCAGGAAAGGGUUUGAGCGGGGCAGAGGUCUGCUGGACGCCAGAUUCCUGCUUUGUCAUGUCGGGAUCAUGGGACGGCCGAAUCUGCAUGUGGGAUCUAUCACCACCGCCUGGAGAAACGAGAAUACCCAAGCCCGUACCUCUGAUGCCGCACAUGCUCCCAGCUAUCCCGACGAUCACGCCCAUCUCGUCGCUAAACGAGGAAAAGUCGGGUGGACCGUGCAGAGCUUUAGCGUUCAAUCCAAAGUACAUGGUCUUUGCUUCUGCGGGCGAGGCGAUGGCAUUUUGGUUACCGGCGAAGAAGGGAGCUGGGGAGGACGAUGGCGAUCAGAUGGAUAUCAAGAUGGAAGCUUAGAUUAGACAAAUGACACUAUGGAAACGGCCCGGUGAUCGCCGUGACAUGGUUAUAUGCUGACAUGUAACAAUACACCGUACUUAACUACAGGUAGUCUAUACACAGAUAGACGGGACCAUGCAUAGAGUAGAUAUAUAUACCAUCAGGCUUAUUUACGCGUCGCCUCCUUCUCCUUUGACGAAUCUAGUGGGAUAUCGGUGGAAUCCGGCGUCCUGGCGACGACG